GUCAUGUGACCUAGGUUCCUACUUGGUACUGGGAUGGAGCCGGAAGAGGGGACGCCCUUGUGGCGGCUUCAGAAGCUUCCAGCCGAGCUGGGCCCGCAGCUUCUUCAUAAAAUAAUUGAUGGCAUUUGUGGCCGAGCUUAUCCUCUGUACCAAGAUUAUCACAAUGUUUGGGAUUCGACAGAAUGGAAGAGUGUUCUAGAAGAUAUUACCAAAUUUUUCAAAGCUGUAGUUGGUAAAAAUUUACCUGAUGAAGAGAUAUUUCAGCAGUUGAAUCAGUUGAAUUCAUUUCAUCAAGAAGCUAUCAUGAAAUGCUUGAAAAGUAGGAAAGAUGAAAUCAAGAAGGUUCUGUUAGAGGAAAUAGUUGAUAUUUCUUCUGCACAGCUACAGGAUUUUGAUUGGCAGUUAAAGCUUGCACUGUCUAGUGACAAGAUUGCUACAUUACAAAUGCCACUUUUAAACCUUAAUCUAGACGUAAAAGAAAAUGGUGAAGUCAAACCGUAUUCUGUUGAAAUGAGUAAAGAAGAGCUGCAGAAUCUAAUACAUUCCUUGGAAGCAGCUAAUAAGGUGGUCCUGCAGUUGAAAUAACUGGAAGUGAUGAAUACCAACACUAUCAGAGUUCACUGCUACACCUGAUCUGGCCGAGUGAAUACUGUGCAUUCAGAAAACCUGCAAUAUACAGACUCCUGCUGUGCUGAGAAAGCAGCAGUGUUGAGAUUGCAAAGAUAAAAAUUUAUCAGCUUCCCUAAAGAACAGGAAAUGAAAUGGUUGACUGGAAAUGCGUAAAAAAUGCUAGAUGAAAAAGCUAUAAUAGCAGUUUAUAUUUUCAUAAUGGCUGUUUUGCCUCAUUUAUUAAAUAUUUGAGAAAUCUUUAUUGAUAUACAGUUUUAUUGAAAGCUGAAAAUAGAUCCUAAAGUAAUGUAAACAUACAAAGCACAAAUAUACUUGAAUGUUGCUUAAAGGAAUAUAUGAAUAACAAGGAUGUGUAUUAUGAA